UUACAGCAUGAUUAUAGCAUGAUUAUAGCAUGAUUAUAGCAUGAUUAUAGCAUAUCUUUUGUUUUUUAUUUUUUCUUUUUUUCUGUGUAUACCGAUUAUAUAAAAGUUUAUAUUCAUUAGAUCGGAAGAAUGGAACCAAUUAAUUCGCAGAUGACGAUUAGCGUAGACAAACCCUAUCACAUUGUCCUGGAUAAUUUGUACUAUUUUACGAACGAGGAAGAUCUAAAGACUAUCUUCCGUAAAUAUGGGGUAAAGCAAGUUGCGAUACAGCGAAAAAAAUCAAAGAAAAAAGCUCGAGUGUACUUAAAAUUUAUCAGUGUGGAUUGCGCUGAUAUAGUGCAUGACUUAAUGUUAACUAACAGCAUUCACCUCCACGCCAAACAAUUGCAGUUAAAAUAUAACGAUUACUACAAUAAAGUGGAAAUAACGCCGCCCGUUCUACAGGACAUUGAAAAAAACAGUAUACUUAAUAUAUUACCCAUAGAGAUCAUUUCAAAAAUAAUUGAGUAUUUGCCACAUGUAGAUCAAGCAAGAUUAGAGCGGGUAUCAAAAUUAUGGCGGUUGGCCAGUUUGAGCACUCACUGUAAAAUGAAACACUUUGAAAUAGACAACAGAUGGCCAAGUGGUUGGUGUGGCGAGGAAUUCACACGAAAAUGCUUUUAUUGGUUGAUGAACCGAUCAAAGAAUUACGUGCGUUCCUUAAAGUUAACUGAGCGCACAGUAUUAUCCGAUCUCUGGGAGUUAUUAGGAGUAGCCGUAAGGACCUGUCCGAAUUUAGAAAAAGUAGAUUUGAAAGAAAUCCUGUUAACUCCAACGAUGGUAAAAGAACUGUAUCUUAUAGCUUCGAGAUUGACCGUUUUAUCUUUAGGAACCUCUACAUUCUCAAUAGACUCAGAAUUAAUAGAAGUAUUCAAAAAAGCUAAGAAACUCGUGAAACUCAGAAUAGUGGAGACAGUCAUAACAGGAGAGUCACUUACAUUCUUAAAUGUAAAUUUGAAAACUUUAAUUAUUGACAAUUGUGAGUAUAUGGAAUCAUCAUACAUGUGUGAAGCUAUAAAAAGAUUACAAAGUCUUGAACACCUGGAAAUCAUUUCAUGUGAAAAAAUGAAUGACACUGUUUUACGGACUAUAGUAUAUAACACUUCUAUAUCGAAGACAAUGAAAACAUUAAAACUUUCCUACCUACCAAAUCCGAAACGGAUCGAUGUGAAAUUUCUACCACGAUUGGAACAUAAUGAAUCCUAUAUAAGUUAUGAUAAGAUCGGCCCUGCUUCACUGGGCAUUUUGCUCGUAAAGCGAUAUACAAAUAUCACGCAGUUGGCCUUAAAAUUUUGUACUUGGGUAACAAAAGAGGUUGUGAGUGAAAUAGCUGAGAAUUUGCUACAACUUGAAUACUUGGAUCUAAGUGGAUGUAGCAAUAUCAUUGGAACUUUCGCAUUGGAUCCACUUGUGAAAUUAAAAAAUAUAACUGUAAUAAAGUUGAACCAUCUCCAUUUCACAGUAGGUGGUAGUGUACUAAAAGAAUUCAAGAAACUAAAAGAAGUUUCUUGUAGAAAUAGUUUAGGAUUUGAUAACAGAGCCAUUUGCGAAGCAAUAAUGAAUUGCCCGUAUUUAUCAGUGAUAAUUAUAGAGGAUUGUGUGGAAAUAGGAAUAUCUGUAAUUCAAUGUGCACUUUCCACUGUUCGUAACAAUAAGAGAACAUCACCGUUGGUCAUCUACGUAGCCGACAGUGGAAUUUGCGAAUCUACAUUUAUGUCGAAUGACAGUCUAAAAAUUUACUAUAACCGGCUAAUCUAUAGCACUUAUUUAGCGACAGUUCCUUAUAAUAUUGUCAUGGCGCGACAGCGAUAAUUGCUGCCCGCAUUGCUGAGGUUCUCUUCGGCCUAUUGCUUCCAUAGAAGAAAUAUUGUCAUAAACAGAAUGACCACUAGAAGAGGUUCUUUAGUUGGCUAUAAUGUACCACUGUUAUCCAA